AUGUUGUCCAUUAUUGGGCGGGCUGCCGUGAAGAGGGUAGUCGCGGGUGGACCUCAAUCAACAAACCGAGCUUUACAGAGCAUCUGGCAACUCCAACGCGUUCCUGUCCCUGAAAGCGCCGAUAAUGCUCCAUCCCGAUCCCAAGUCCUGUUCCUUUAUAAGCGAUCAUAUGCCACGACUACCGUCACUAAAGCUAGAGCUGCGCGAAGCCCGAGGUCGACAACUACAGCAAAACCCAAAACGAAGGCAGCUCCCAAAAAGGCGGUAAAGAAGCCAGCGAAAAAGCCAGCAAAGAAAGCAAAGCCAGCACUCAGGAAGGCCAAGAAACCGGUCAAAAAGCCAGUGAAGAGGAAGGUCUUGACGGAGAAACAGAAGGAGUUGGCAGUAAUCAAGGACUUGAGGGCAAAAGCUCUCUCGAUCCCUACGAUGAAACCACCCUCCGCUUGGCAAGUUUUCACAGCAGACCAGUCCAAAACCUCUGGAGCGCCGCUCACUGAAAGAAUGUCUGCGUUCGGCCAGCAAUACAAGUCCUUGAGUCCGGCAGAGCUUGAGUCUCUCAAUCACAUUGCCAAUGAGAACAAGGAGACAAACGCAGUGCAGUACAAGCAAUGGGUCGAGUCGCACACUCCCGAUCAAAUCAGGAUCGCCAAUAACGCACGCAAGCUGCUGAAGAAGAAGUACAACAAGAAACACCUCGCAACAAUUGUAGAUUCCCGCCAGCCGAAACGACCAGCUAAUGCCCGAGCUAUGUUUGUGAAGGAUAGGUACGAUUCAGGUGAUUUUAAGGGGAUUAAGUUCGCAGAAGCCUCAAAACUGGUCCAAUCCGAGUGGAGCGCACUCUCGCCCAGUGAGCGAAAGGUGUAUGAGGAUAGUGGAAAGUCAAACGUGAACCGAUACGUCCAAGAAUACAAGACGGUGUAUCAUAGAGACUCGAGAGCCCAAAUCCCAAAGUAA